AUGAUCAAAUCUGCGCUAUAUGAACCGUCGUUUUCUGACCGCUUCGUUGGUCUCACUGGUUUUCACUGUGGAGUAGUCCUCAGUGGCACUUUAGGACAUGAUGAGCACUUGUUCCUUCCGAUCGAGUUGCCACCAAAGGAAGACACGGAACGAGGCAGAUCUGAAAUAAAAGCUCUCCGAUGUAUACGGGAUAUAGACGAGAAAUGGGUCGCAUCACACUGCCGUAACUUAAACCGUAUGAUUCCGGGUGGUAUUAGGAUAUCUGGCAUUUGUCUGUCUUCUACCCUGUCUGAAUUUAAUUCAGAGCAAGAGCAUCUUAAAAGAAUUUUAUUCAACUUACCCAAGACAGACCCGAUGAUCGGGGAAAUAACUGGCGCACGGGAGAAUGAAAAGCUGGUGCUACUAUGUGAUCCCCAGAGCAAAAAGUUUACCUGUAAAAUCCUAGAUGUCGGUUCCUCAGUCUCAGUAUUCCGAUCUGCAACUGUCAAGCCCCAGAUGUUCAUCCAAUCCUACAGGACGUUCAGAACAACUAUUAGCCUCUCUGUGGAAACUGUACUACCGGCUGAUCGACAAAAAGAAGAGAUUCUCUUACAGCUCCAGGCUGCUGUGAAACCUUAUUUGCAAUCUCUGCUGAGAGAAUCGAACUUGCUGAUCAAUGGGGAAUUCCGAGACAGUAUUGAUUAUGUAUUGGCAGAUGUUGGGGAAAAAACCAUGGAUGUCUUGUCCUCAUCGAAGCAACGCAAAAAGUCGUCUAAAGUUUCGAAGCGUCGUUCAUUUGGUAUUGAGAAGACUUCCGACUAUGGGGAGAGUGGGGAUUUUGGCAGUGAAACCUACUUGGGAAGAGAAUCAAGCGACCCAGGAUCUGAUAAAGGAUGCUGGGCAGACGUCGAGCUUACUAUCUUUGGACCUCAGUUCCCGCGUUGGAAACGCGCCAGUUCCUCGUCUUCGCUGGAAUCAGGGACCAGUUCGGACACGGGCUACACUGGCGGUACGGACCGCACUGAUUCUUCAGGUGCAGGGCUUGUCCCAAUAAAUCGUCUUAUUGUUAACGGGUGCAUUCCUGGUAUUGCUUUUCUUCCAUCCAAUACUACGGUUGGUACCUUGUUUGAGGCACUUCGAAAGGAUCUUAUCCAGAGUAUUUUGGCUCGCCUGGAACUGCUUACAGAGGAACUCCACAUCACAAGCUCCCAACUAGAAGUUCCGAGAAUGCUGCUACCUCAACGGGUUCUUGUGCGUCUGCCCGCUUGUCCUCGUCUACCCUUGUCUGACUAUAAGUUCAUUUCGGAAACAACAGAUGAUGUCAUUUCAAGACUGCAAUACUUCUGUGUCCCAAUCGGGCUUCGAGGUUCUGGUGACGGGAACGAUGUGUCCUUGGACAGACNAUCGGCCCGCUCUCUCGAAAGUUUGAGCAGUGGAGGUUACGAGCGAAGUUCUUUGCCCUCCAGGGAUUUGAUUGAUGCAUCUUGUUUGGACAUAUCACUCGAGCAAAGUCCAGAGGGCAAUGUUGAAACGGAAUACUCGGAGACGGAGUUGCUUGAAAAUGUCGCACAUUCGGUUCAGCCAGUUACCAAGUAUCUAUCAUUCUCCAAUCCCACCUUGAUAGCUGGCUGUUUGGUCCUCUUUGGCAGCUUGCUGGCUUCCUAUUUACUGAUUGGUCCAUGGAACGCGGAAGCUACGUGAUGCGGUCAAAUCGACGGCAAACAGACUCAGUUUAAUGGCGACAAGCGAUACAUUACAAUCUUAUCCCUUACUGUCAGGUCUCAUUUCUCUGCCCAAUCACACAUUGACAGAGUUCGUUUCUGUAUGGUAUUUUUCUAAUUCCCACCACCAUUCUAAUGCUUUUUGUGGUGGCUUUGUCUUAUUUCUGUGAUCUAUUUUGUCUUUGUUCUCUUACUGAACCCCAUCGCGUUCAUCAUUCUGCUUCCACUUCAGCCCUCCUUUGCGAUUGUAUAGGUUUACCCAUACUUUCUUUUUUUACUUCUUUUCCUUUUGUUGCCAUUUGAACUCCAGACCCAUGCGCUGCCAAUCUACGGACGUAAUCAGACUUCAUGGUUUUGUUGUUUGUUUGGGAUUGCAGGGUAGACUUGCUCCCCUUUUUCUGUCGCAUCGUUUACCUCUCUGUGUAACAUGUAUUUGUAUGUGUGCACAUAGAUGCUACUGUAUAUUAAUACGUUCUGUUGUUUACUGUCACAAUGUUUGCCUGACUUUUUACGGUUUUUACCGAUUGCGCGUACAUUUCAGAUAAUGGGUGCGCUUGUACUUUGGAUUCGCUGAUG